UCAAAAAAGGUGAACGGAUUUGCCCAAGGUCACCCAGGAGUCUGCAGUGAGGCCAGGGAUCGCUCGCGCUCUCUCUCUGUCCCCAGCGAAUGGGUACGGUUCUGGUCAGGGAAGCACACUCUGGCCAGACCAGAGGUGUGAGAUCUGUGCAGCCUCUGCACCCACUCCUCAGGGCGCCCCUCUGCACAGGUGGCACUCCGCGUGCCCUGUGGGGGCGGCAGCGAGCAGGACCGCAGGGACGCCCAGGCUGGGGGCUGUGGAACCCACGGAGCCCGGCUCAGCUAGGAGGAGGAGGAUGCUCUGCAUGCCCAGGAUCCUGUGGGCACUGACAUCCAGCACACUCAUGCCCAUUUCCUGUAAUGGACAAACUUGAUGCAAAUGUGAGUUCCAAUGAGGGUUUCGGGUCCGUGGAGAAGGUCGUGCUGCUAACAUUCCUCUCGGUGGUUAUCCUGAUGGCCAUCCUGGGCAACCUGCUGGUGAUGGUGGCUGUGUGCAGGGACAGGCAGCUCAGGAAAAUAAAAACCAAUUAUUUCAUUGUGUCUCUUGCCUUUGCCGAUCUGCUGGUGUCGGUGCUGGUAAUGCCUUUUGGUGCCAUUGAGCUGGUCCAAGACGUCUGGAUUUAUGGGGAGAUGUUUUGCCUGGUCCGGACCUCUCUGGAUGUCCUGCUCACCACAGCAUCGAUUUUUCACCUAUGCUGCAUUGCACUGGAUAGGUAUUAUGCCAUCUGCUGCCAACCUUUGGUUUACAGAAGCAAGAUGACCCCUGUCCGCAUUGCACUGAUGUUGGGAGGCUGCUGGGCCAUUCCCAUGCUUAUAUCUUUUCUCCCCAUAAUGCAAGGCUGGAACAACAUCGGCAUAGUUGAUGUGAUAGAAAAAAGGAAACUCAACCACAACUCUAACUCGACAUGCUGUGUCUUCAUGGUUAACAAGCCCUACGCCAUCACCUGCUCUGUUGUAGCCUUCUACAUCCCGUUUUUCCUCAUGGUGCUGGCCUAUUACCGUAUCUAUGUCACUGCUAAGGAGCAUGCCCAGCAGAUCCAGAUGUUACAACGAGCAGGAGCUACCCCGGAAAGCAGGCCCCAGCCAGCUGACCAGCACAGCACACAUCGCAUGCGGACAGAGACCAAGGCAGCCAAGACUUUAUGCGUCAUCAUGGGCUGCUUCUGUUUCUGCUGGGCCCCCUUCUUUGUCACCAAUGUCGUGGACCCAUUCAUAGACUACACUGUCCCUGAGCAGGUGUGGACUGCCUUCCUCUGGCUUGGCUACAUCAAUUCAGGGUUGAACCCCUUUCUCUAUGCCUUCUUGAAUAAGUCUUUCAGACGUGCCUUCCUCAUCAUUCUCUGCUGUGAUGAUGAACGCUACAGAAGACCCUCCAUUCUGGGCCAGACUGUCCCCUGUUCAACCACAACCAUUAAUGGAUCCACACAUGUGCUAAGGUACACCGUUUUGCACAGUAGACAUCACCAGGAACUGGAGAAACUGCCCAUCCACAAUGACCCAGAGUCUCUGGAGUCAUGCUUUUGAUUGACGACAUGGUUUGCCAUCAGGCUAGCCAUUCCCAUUCAUGUCUGCAUGAACAGGACCCCCUGGACACACUCUUGACCCUGGUCAUCACCAGUGACGCAUGAAGUAUGGGGUACCAGCGCCCAGUGAAGAUACACGGAAGGUGGUGUUGAGUGGAACCUGGAUCCAGCACAUCAAGGACUUCCAAAUUGUGUGGGGACUUCAGGCAUCAUCAGACCCAGCGUUGUACCAGAGCCCGAGGGGCACCUCUCAUUGCAUACUGACAUGAGGACAGUCUCUGCUCGCACCUCUCCAGGGACAGGAGCUCACUACCUCCUAACGCAGCCCCUUCUGUGGUGGAAAUGCUCUAAUCACGUGGAAGCUCUGUCGUUCAUUGGCACACGAGUCUGCUGUGCUCUAGCUUCUGUCAGGACAGAGCAGUUCGGUCUCCUCUUCCUGUCAGAAAGCCUUAGAUAUUGGAAGGAAAUGACCCGCCUCCCCCCACCCACCCCUCAGUCUUCUCUCUCAGUGGAACACCUUCAGUUUCCUCUUCUUUCCAGCAGUCUUCUGGACCGCUUUGCUGGGUCCAGUUGUCUGUCCAGAAGCACUGAAGUACUGACAUGAAGGGCGUCAGGAAGUUUGGUUUACAGCUACAAACAUUUUCUUUUCCUUCCUUCUUUCCUUCCUCCCUUCCUCCCUCCCUUAUUUCUUAUCAUAGCAUACUACUUGAGGUAAUAGUUCCCCCUCCAGGACAGAUUUUAAAGGCUCUGCUUACAGUUUGGCUUUGGAUCCAUUACCAAAGGACCUCUAUACAGCGUGUGUGUGUGUGUGUGUGUGUGCGCGCGCAGGCGCGUGCACGCAUGUGUGUAAACUUGUCAUUUUCCCACUGGGUCAUCUGGAAUGAAUCUUUAUUUGCUUCCCUUCCAUGACAUUAAACCUGGACCCUUAUUGCUAUGGAUGCUGACAAGGAACAGUCACAACUCAAAAACUGAGGGGUGGGAGUAGGGGACUGGAAAGAUGGCUCGGUGUUUAGGAGAACAAUACUUGAUACUCUGGCAGAAGACCCAAGUUUAGCGCCCAGCAUCUACAUAGUGGCUCACAACCAUUUGUUACUCUAGUUCCAGGGAAUCUGACACCACUCCUGACUGCCACAGGCUCCUGCACACAUGGUCACAAACAUACACUCAAGCACAUUCAGCACCCCCGCCCCAACACACACUCACACACUCUAAGACAAACAAACAAACAAAAAAAAACAACAAGAAAAAACGUUAAGGAAGGAAAGUGACUUGCUCCCAUGGAGAUUGCCUUUUAAGGAUGGUCAGGGUCCUGUGUUGAACAACCCAAUAGUCUAGUCCUAGGCCAUUUUCCGCUUUGAGCAAAGAACAAACCCAUCUUUCUGUAUUGGGAGCUGUCAUUGAACCCUAGCUUUGAAGCUACUAUGCUUCCAUCAUACAAAUAUUUUGCAGAACGCUGUUUGUUCUAAACCCAAGAGGUAUUUUCUUUCCCAUGCUAAAUCUGUCAUCACCUUCUUUGUCUUGGGUAAGUUAUGUCUUUGAGAGAGAGAGAAGACUUGAAACUCAACAAGAGUUUUUCUUUCAUUUUUUUCUGCUGACAAGGACCAGUUUGAUUUAUUGCUGGUGAAACGCGGGGAAUGGGGAAGGUGGGCAUGGCCUGGCAUCCUUGGGCGGCACACUGUAAGAUCAGGAUGUGUCCGGAGCCUCAACCAAAAGUUCUCCUUGCCCUGUUCUAACCCCUCAUUCUUUUUCCCUCUUCUCUCUCCCACUCUUCCACCAUUCUCACUUCUUUCUCCCCUUAUACUUUUUUGAGACAGGGUUUGGCAUUGCCCAGGCUGGCUUUAAACUCACUAUGUAGCUGAGGCUGAACUGAACUCCGUCCUCCCUACCUCCAUCAUCCAAGUGUUGGGGUCACAGAUCUCAGUCAUCAUACCAAGUUUUCCUUGCCUUUCUACUUCCUGUGCCGUUCCUUCUUCACCCGUGAUGACAGGUCACAAUGGCAUCCUUGUCUCUGAGAAGGAUGGUCACCCCUCACAAAGCAAUGAAGUUAAACACUUUAGAUAGAGAUCUGAGUCCCUUUCUCUCUUUUCAAAAAAAAAAAAAAAACCUGAAGAAAGGAACUAGGGACAAGAUGACAUGAUGAUAGACCAAAUGCGAAUUCAUGGGGCAAGACUGGAUUCAUUCUGUCUGGAGAGCUGCUAUUACAGCAUUAGUUCCAUCCAUGGCUUCCAGGAAUCCAGACAAUCCAGACGGCUUGAGGGUGGAAGACGCAGAAGACAUACAGCGGCCCAGGCUUCAAGGAGACCCAAACCUGUCCUCUUCCUAAAAAGUCCUCUUUCAGGAAGGCUGCUGUUAAGAUGAGAUAGGAAAGAGGAGACUGUGGUCCAGUUACUCUGGCCAGAUGAACACUGGCAACUACUUGGAUGUUUAAUGAAGUCUGUCUCCAUGCCAGGGAUAAAGGGAUUAAUUCACUGUGUUUCUCUCCAUUUGACUUUGCAGUCCAUAGAAAUGCCCAGUUCUGAAGAUCCCAGCCCAUCUUGCUGGGAGCCAGAAUGAUCCUAGGCUCAGAGAUCUGGAUGAAAGGAAAAAGGGCAUGUUAGUUUUUUUCCUUGCCCAGGAGCAGACUUGGCAAGGCCCGGUCUGAGGCCUGGGCCUUGAAGGAGUUAAGGCUUCAGUUCCUGGGAAACCAGUUUCCCCUCUGAAGGGCUGUGGUUAUCAGUCCUAAGGCAGCUGCACCUGCGAUAGCCCAUGUUUUCUCAUCAACAUUGACUGAUUUAGCUUUCUGUCGACCUUGGCCAUUCUCCCUCAGAAAAUAGGAUACAAAAGAUGCUUUACUUCUUAAAUAAGCUUGCUUGGCAUAAGACACAGCUUGUGCAAAUCCUCUCAGUCCUGGUUUUCCUAUCUUCUCUUCUGGCCUUCCAACUUAGAAGGCUGUCACUGAAGAACAGCCUGCUGGUCCAGGUCACCAGCCCUCUCCAUUAGCAAUUAGAAAGUAAAAGAAAUAAAACCUACAAUGUAUUGGUUAAAAACAAAAGAACAAAACCAACUUUCAGAUUUCAGCUUUGCCUCUCAGUAACAUUUCCACUUCCUGCUUGCUCUGCCCUGAAACAACUAUCUGGGAAAUGGGGUAGGGCAGGGGCAUUGUGGGUAGUUGAGGGAGGGGACUCAGUGAGAGACCAGAGAGCAGCAACAACCAAAUUAUCUUCAAGUGAGAACGAAGUGUCAUCCUGGUGCUGUGCUGUCCAGCAAUUUCUCUUUGGCAUUGUGGUUCUCUUAGGUGAGCAAUGCAAGCUACUUUUCUUUCCCUCUUUCCUGCAAUUGGCUGUGCUCAAAAGCUGCCCCUACGAGGAAAACGUUUUUUGCCCUUUUUGGCCAAAAGUGGACUCUUUGCACACAACCUAGGAAACCAAGACUAAGAAUUGGAUUUGAAUGUAGCCAGCACAGGGACUGACUUAAUAUCUGGGUUCAGGCAUACUGUUGCUCUGCUCUGAGCAGAACUUUCCUCGCUCUAUUCUGCGAAAUGCAGACGGUCUCUGAGCUGGCUGUAUCUGCGUGAACAUCCCAACAUGGGUCACCAAAAGCCACUGUUACAAGAUAUGCUUUGCCUGUACUG